AUGCAGCAGCAGCAGCAGCAGCAGCAGCAGCGGGAGAGACCGUUGCUGCAGCCGCAGCAACAGCAGCAGCAACGGCAACACUUUGCCCCAGCGCGGCCGCCCACACUUCCAUCUCGUCUAAUAUGGCAGCAGCAGCAGCUGCUGCUGCUGCUGCGGUCUUAG